UGAAAACUCCUAGAUUUGUGUGUUGUUCCUAUUAGAUACAAACUUAAUAAACAGUUUAACAUGAAAGAUUUUUUCAUGAACUUUUGUAGUUUGUUGAACAUGUUUUUGUUCGUAUGAGAAUAAGAUAAAAUUUUAAUGAAGAACUUUACUUUAGAUUACUUCGGAUAAAAUUAAACAAAUAACUACUUCGAAGAGUAAACCAAUAUCCGACGAAAAGAUCGAUCAAGAUAUAAAGUUAAUUACAAAGACAUUAGCAGAUUAUAAAGUUCUUUUUAAUGAUCCUAUGAUUUUACAUCAUGAAAAACGUGCACAUGCUUAUAAAGUUUGUUGUGAAAAACUAGAAACAAAUGAUCUAAUCAGUGAAUAUUUAAUUAAUUUUAAUCAUAAUCUUAAUAAAAUGGAGAAACUCUUACGUAGUUGUCUUCACAAACAAAGUUUACCUGAUAUAGUAAAUGAUACUCUAUAUGGUGGAGAUUGUCAAAGAGCUUAUAAUGAACUUACAGAAAUCAUGAGUGAACGACAAAAUUCUAUUAAUAAACACAAACAACAAGGUCAAAAUAUAGUUGAAUAUUAUAGAAAAGCAAUUGCUCCAAAAUUAAGUCAAGUAUCAAUUAUAAAAUCUAUGAAUGAUUUUGUAAAACAAUAUUGUUCAGAAGAGCAUGUAUUCGAAUUAAUGUUUGAUCCAGACAAAGUGAUUAAAUGUGAAAAACUUAUACGCAAAGCUAUUGGAGUAAAUGGUUCUAUAAUAUAUAAUCGUUAUCAUAUAUAUAUUAGUACUCCAUUUCGUCAAAUGAUUCUUAAUGAUUGGCAACAACUUGAAAAAGCUCAAGCCAAUAGUGUACCAAUAUCCGAUGAAAUAUUACAAGCUCAAUUAAUUAAUCAACCGGUAAUAUUCAACUGGAAUUGUGGUUAA